UGUGGGCUUGCUGUCAUUAAUGUCAAAGAAAAAUAAGCAAGCAAACUGUUCAUAUACCAAGAAAUUGCGUUUUCUAUAAAAAUUAUAAGAUAAAACUAGGGAGUUCAUUAAUAAUUUGAUAUGAGUGAGCAUCUAUAAACCUUAUCACUGAGUUACACUGGCCAGUAGUGUAACUAUUUCGUGUUCUAACUGUGUGUGUGCAUAAACAGUUAUAAUGGCAAAAGCACAAAUAAAUACGAAAUCUAGCAAUUAUAUUAAGGACAGGGAGAGUUUUAUGAAGGAGUUGAAGCAAUUCAACGAGAGUAAAAAUCUACCAACAAAAGUUCCAAUUGUAAAUGGCAUAGAAUUAGAUUUGUACUUGUUUUAUACAUUAGUACAACAGCGAGGAGGACUUGGGAAGGUAAAUCAAAAUGACACUUGGGAAUCAUUCCUGCGACCUCUGCGACUACCACAUCCAUGCAUCAAUGGUUCCACACUUCUCAGACGGAUAUACGGAACUUAUUUGGAAAAAUACGAAAGAGCAAAAGGUCCACCAGGCAGGGAUGACGACAAUGAUAUGGAUGAGGACCCUCGACGCGGUCGCGGCGCAAUGCCACGCAUAUCCUUUGCUGGGGGUACGUACAUAUCAGCAUCAGGUGAGGCGUUACGGACGGGGUCGCGCGUGGCAGCUGCAUCGGAGCGAUUGGCCCUCUCUCUCUUAUCGCCGAUGCCUAACGAACAAGAUUUCGCCGUCAACGUGUGCACCGUAUUGGCUGCUGACCAUUCGAACAGACUGCCUUUGAGUUCUACACCACACAUUCUCGACUUCUUAUUGGCUCAUGCUGGCGUUUAUAAUCAUUCGAGUCUUCGCGAUACAAUCGGCCGCUCAUACUACGAGGCUCGAGGAAGAUAUCCAGAUGACUUCUGGCGUUUGAAAGCUGGAGGUGGCGGGGUCAAGGAAUUGGCUGACGAGACCAAGUUCAUGCAGCCAGGAGUUGAGCUUCCAGAGCUGAUCGUUCAGGCCAGGGCAGCGUAUAAUACACUUACUGAUUGUCUACUCAGUGGGCCUGAAGAAGAAGAACCGGUCGUUGAGAAGGUCUAUGAUGAUGUUAGCGGUGACGUCUUAGAAGACUGGAUGGCGGAUCCAUCAGAAGAUGACCUUCUGUUCGCCCCGGAGUUGCCCGGCGGGGCCUCGUGUGUGUACACUCAGAGAGUGCUACAGAUUGCCUCCAUUGUGAGGUCAUUGUCCUUCCACGAUGAAAAUGUUCAAUAUCUUGCUAAGAAUUCCACUCUUCUCAGGUUCCUCUUGCUGUGUGCUAACAGUUGGGUUGGUUCUCUACGUCAGUCCGGACUGGAUACACUCGGAAAUGUAUCUACAGAACUUAUUAUUAAGGACCCGGCAACGUGCCUGAUAACCCGCCACGUGCUAUCCACUAUCCAGGCGGCGCUAGUGUCGCAGGAUAGGGCGCGAGUACUGGCGGCGCUGGAGUUGCUGAACAAACUCGCGCAGAAUGAACUCAACGAGGAUGCCUUGUUGAAGUCUUUGGAGGCUAAGGUGUACGCAGACGUAUGCGCGCUACUAAGCCUGCGCGAUAUAAUGGUGCUGGUAUGUACGCUGGAGUGCGUGUACGCGCUGACGUCACUGGGGGACCGCGCCAGUGAGGCCGUGGCCAGGGUCCCCGGACUCAUACAUACGCUCGUAUCUCUUGUUACUGUCGAGGCUCAAAGCUACGGUCCCCGCGCAUGUAUAUUAAUGCGCGUAGUAGAGACAGUGAGCGGUCCCAGCGCAUUACAAGCGCAACAACCUGCGCAACAUGCGCAACAACAUGCGCAACUUGCGCAACACACCCCGCAUGCGCAAACUGACCAACAUGAUCGGCCGCCGCAACUACAUCAUACGAGCCAAACUCCAACAAAGUCCAGCGAGGCGAGCGGCGCGGCGCCGGCCGUGGCGCCCGCGUCCAGUCUGCAGCAGUCGCACCUCCAGCAGCGCACCGUGCAGGAGAACGAACACUUCGCCCAAGCGUGGCUGCGGUCGGCGUACGAAGUGCUGCCGGCCGGCGACAACAGCGCGUGCGAGGCGGGCGACGUGUACCGCCAGUACCUGGCCUGCUGCACCAAGCUGGCCCGCAAGGGACUCAUCGCGCCCGCGCACUUCCCCAGGCUCGUCCGGACGGUGUUCGGUGGUACAGUGGGUCCCAACACAGUGACGCUGUCUACUGGUGAGACUCAACAAGUGUAUAUUGGCAUCAGGUCCAGGGCCUUACAGAAUAGACCCAACCCUCCAGCAGGACCGUCAUCGCCUAUACUGAAGGCUCAACUAACAAAUAAGGCAGCGGCUGAAGCGAAGCCUGCUGUAUCUCAACCACAAACGCAGCCACAAGCACCGCCCACAACCACGCACCCCCACCUGUCUCAGGCGCUGGAGUCGACUCCCUCCAACACUACGCUGAUCAAACAUUUACUCGCGCACAAAGUAAGCCCCGCCCUGCAACCACAGCAAGUGGCGCAAAGACAACAGAGUCAACAGCGAGCACCACCCACAGCGACCCCGACCACAGUUGUGGUACAGAAUAAUCAGCAGCAGGUAAUGGAUGUCGACCCGGAAGCUUUGAUCAAGUGUACGACAAUAACACCCGGCGGUGUUGCCAGUAGCACGCCCACAGAUAAGGUCCAUGCACCAGUUGAAGAGCCCAUAGUACCUAAAGAAGAACCUGUACAAAUUCAAAUCGAUGAACAAACACAAUUGACAAUUAAAUCAGCCCAAAAUAAGAUGCUAGCAGACUUACUAAAGAAAAACUCCAACCCUCCAUUGCAAGUCGUUCAAAUGGGCCCCCAAAUCAACGCGCCAACCAUUCAAAUAACAGAAACAGGACAAAUCGUCCAGGUCAAAUCCGACCCGACCCCAGUCAUACAAAUAAAUGACUCAAGCCUUGUAGCACCAGGAAACCAAUAUUUUCAAAUAAAGAACGAACAGGGACAACUCAUUCAAAUAAAGAAUGAACAGGGGCAAAUCAUUCAAUUAAAAAGUGACCAAUUACAAGCUCCCAUUUUGCAGUAUAAGAACGAACAAGGGCAACUCGUUCAGGUUAAAACUGAAGGUCAAGUUCAGAUAAAACCUGAGAAGGAGGAGGUGCCUUCAACUGAUCAUUCGUAUAAUGAGCCACCGGCGAAGAAAAGUAAGGUGGAAGAGAAGGCCCCGCUGCCGCAAGAGAGUGUAUCAAAAACCGCGGCGAAUCUGUAUGCCGCUCUUGCUGCUUCGGCUUUGGAAGAUGAAGAGGAUUUGCGACCACACGGAUUGUUAUUGGGAGCACUGCGAGCCAAGCUCCCGCCGAAACAGGAUCCCGUGGAAAUCAUUCAGCCGUCGGUUUUGGUGUCAACGACCGGUGAUAAUUCUGUAAUUAUACAAGAACCUAUGCUUCAGGUUCAGCCGCCUCCAUUGACGGUACAACAGCCCACACUGCAAGUACAUCAGCCUACAUUGCAGGUGCAACAACCUACGUUGCAGGUCCAAGCUCCGACUUUACAGCAGACGAUACAAGUGCAGCAGCCGAUGUUGCAAGUACAGCCCAUGGAAGUACAGAACAUUAUCGCGUCACAGGCUGGCCAACUCAUCUUACAAGAGAAAUCAAUUUCUUCUCAGCCGACUCAGUUUGUGCAGCAACCUAUGCAGAUUAUUGCUACACCUAGCAACGCUCAAGGUGGCAUAAGCUACAUAGCACAGAACAUUCCCGGGAAUAUGAUGCAGAAAACGAUUAUCAUAGUCCAAGGACCGACUGGCGGGGGACCUCUUACUUUAACGGUGAACAACCCAGGCGGCCUGGACGAAGCGACGCUUAACAGCCUUAUUACGCAGGCAACAGAGGCGAUAACGCAACAGCAAAUUAUACAGAACUCGGGUGUGAUACAGUCUACACAGAGGGUGUUGAGUCAGCCUACGUUAGUGAGUACUUCGCAGGCGAUCACAGUGGUGAAGAGCGUCCUCGCACAGAAUACACCUCAGAUUACUCCUAGUCAGCAGCCAAUAAUAACGAAUCAGCCGCAACCACAUAAAGCGCAGAUCAUCAACCCUCAACAGACGCAACAAAUAGUGGUCACUCAGAAACAACCGCCGGCACUUAUAAGUACUUCUAGUAGCAGUCAAAUUGUUACCAGUACGGCGCAGAUUAUACAAGGCAACCAGCAACUCCUACAAGGCAGUCAGCAGAUAAUAGCAGUGUCAAAUACACAGCCGAUCAUAAUGAACACUCCUAUGAAGACGAACGUACACAGAGUGGUACAGCAACCACAAAGGAGUCCCGUAGUCACAAGCGUGCAGAGCAACCAAGUGUCCGUUGUUAGCGAGGCCAAGACUAGUGUUAUACAGAGCCCGAAGACAGCGACGCAGCCUGUUAUGAGGCAGGUGAUCCGUCAGCCUGUCAUGGUCGGUAACACUAAGAUCGGAGACAAAGAACUCGUUGUCAACCAACCUGUUGCUGAGCCUCCAAAGCCGCCUACGCCGAAACCGUCCCCUACCCCGCCCCCCGCGCCGGCGCCUCAACCUGCGCAGGCCACGAGUCCUCAAGAUGAAACUCCUUGGAUAUGUCAUUGGAGAGGGUGUGGCAAAACAUUCUCGAACGCGACGCAAGUAUUCUUCCACGCGGCGCGCAGUCACUGCCCGACGUCCGCGGACGGCGAGGCGCCCUGCAUGUGGCUCGACUGCGACCGAGUGCCGCGGAAGACGUUCGCGCUACUCAACCAUCUCACUGACAAACAUUGCUCCAUGCAGGCAUUAACCGCGGUGUACUACUCCCGGCGCCACGCGGCGGGCGAGGGCGCGGACGGUAAGCCGGUCGCACUCAACUAUCCUCCCAACGCAGCACUCGCCGCGCUCAAUAAACACGCCGCCGACAUGUUCAACCCUAGGGAACUCAUGCACAGGGCAGAACUCGGUCGCACGCCGGAACAACUGGAUGAGAACGAGGGUCCAGUAACGAAGAGUAUACGUCUGACUGCAGCGCUCAUAUUGAGGAAUAUUGUCAUUUAUUCGAAUACUGGACGGAGACAACUGCGCUCAUACGAAUCUCAUCUAGCGACAAUCGCGCUCAGCAGCGUGGAAGCUUCUCGAACGAUUGCCCAAGUUCUAUACGACAUGAACAAUAUUUGAGAAUCACUUACCGGGCAUCGGACCCACGACUAACGACGUGCUGGCUGUAAAUAGCAAUGUAGAAAUAUUUAAAGGAAAAAUGAAUCAUAAAAGUAAUUAGAACUUUGUCCGAUUAGAUUAUUAUUGUUCGCAUUUUAGCGAAUAUUUUGCUGUAAUAUUAACCUUUAAUCAAGGCGCGACAUUAAAGUUAAGGGAUUUGAUAAAUAUAGCUUGUAUUGUAUCCAACGAUUAACUGGAUGACAUCUUUUUAGUGCCUUUUCACACAUUCAGGUUGCUGGGUAUCCAGAAGCAAAUGUAUGGAGGUUAGUUAGAACAUGCAGGUACGUGUGAUACAUACCAUACAUGGUCGGGUAUCAGGCACCCGCCACAAGGCAACUGAAACGUGUGAACUGUAGACAACUAACGUCAGACGGCUAGACGAUUCAUACUAAUAGAUUGAUUCAAGGACGCAUUGAUUACUUUAUGACAUUUUGAACUAGGUAUUUAGUAAUCAUUCAAACCAGGGCUGUCCAAACAAAGGCCCGCGGGCCGCUUGCUCCCCACGGCUUGUUUUCAUGUGGCCCGCGACAUACUCAUUUUAAUCUCAACAACUUCAUCUUAAGUGCAACAACAAUAAUAAAACUCAGUGUACCUAUGAUUUGUAUGCAAGUUUUGUCUGUGAGUAAAGAAUACAAAGUUAAAUGUCGUUAUACAACAAAAAAAAUUUUAGGCCCUUCAGCUUUUGUAAGAAAUUUAAUUAGCCCGCGAGAAUAUACCUCUAGUUUGGACAGUCCUGAUUCAAACACAUUUGAAUUACAAGAUAUGAUCUGAAUAGAAAUACAUACAAUUUUCAUUUGAAAUUAUAUAAUUAAGUAGUGACGUUCUAGAUAAUAAUACACACGCUAACAACAAAAAUUAAUUUUAUAAUUAAAGUUUGACAGCUUUUUGUAAUUAUAAUACCUAUUCUUUAUUGAUACUUAACUACGUAAUUCUUGAAGUAGGUACUUGGGUUUAGACAUACAUAAAAACAAAGGCAUGUUAUCGGACUGUUGUGGCGAUAAAACCGAGUUCUUAUCGUGUAGGAGCAACAAAUAACGCAACUUUUCAGCCUUGUAUUCACAAGUUCCUUAAAAUAUGUAUGUUGGUUAUAUUUUAGUAUGAAAAAGUAGUAAUUAUAACAUUGUUUUGUUCUCAAAACUGAUGGUCGCAGGUGCAUUCAUUAUACACGAGAAAAAACAUAAUUUUGUGGCAAUUAGUACAUUAAAAAUAUACAGUUAUGAUUUAAGAAUUUGUUAUUAUAUUUUUAGAUAAGUGAUUGUUUGAAACAAAGAAAUUAUGUGUUUAUAUAACUUAGUAAUUUUGUAACUUCUUAUUCACAUUUUUCUAGAUAUUUUACAAACUCAAUUUUCAUUCUGGCUAUAAGUAAUAUUUCAAUGGAUUCCUAGAAACCAUUGCUAGUUUUUUUUGUAAAAAUAUCUCAUUUGUACCAUACCGUUUAGAUUUUAAUUAGGGUUAAAGUGAUAUAAGUAUUAUUUUUGCAAGUUGGCGUGAUUGGUUGAGAGUAAUUUAUCAUGGGAGACUGUACAAUGUCACUGAAUCGAUGUAAGUGCAACGGAAAAUAAAAUAAUUUUAGUAUG